AUGACGGGAACGCGUACUACUGCUGGAGCCGGACUCGCGACUAGUCGGUUGUACCAAAAGUCAUUCCGUCACAGACUCCGAGAGCGGUGUGUGCGGUUUUGGCGGCGCAUCGCGUUUUACCACCCCGCGGGAUGCGCCGCCGGCGGCGGCGGUGGCGGCGGCGGCCGACGGGACACGGUCGUCGUCGUCGUCGUCGUCGCCGUCGCCGUCGCCGCCGCCGCCGUCGGCACGGGACGAUCGCACGCAGACGCAACCCUUUUUCUCUCUGCGUCCGCCCGUCGGCCCGCGACCGAAACCGCACCGCUGUCAGCCCCCUAG